ACAUGCUGGCUGGGGGGAGCCGGGCCGCGUCCUAAGGCAGCUUCCAGUGCCAUUGAAUAGCUCUCUCUUUCUCCUUCUCUCUCUCUCUCCCUCUCUCUCUCUCUCUCCCUCUCUAUCCCUCUCUCUCCCUCUCUCUAUCUCUCUCUCUCUCUCUGUCCCUGUGUUCAACAGGAUGCUGGCAGUUCUUUUAUGGCUGAGCAGCUGAGUUCUGUUUCCUGACUACUUUUUUUAGUUGUAAGGGAGAGGGAGAAGUGAGUUAGAUGACUGUGUAUGUGAGAGUGGAAUAGAGGGGGAGAGAGAGAGAGAGAGGGGGAGAGGUUGAGGCAGAGGAAUGCUGUGAUGUCAUGGGCUAUGUCAUACACAAAGGCAUGAGGAUAUACAUCCACACUUCCACUCCAGGGCUGGCUGUACACUUACUCUGUGGACCAUCUACAGUCCGCUCUGAUGGAGGUUCUACGAUAAGCAGCACGAUCGCCAGGUCCACGGGUCAUCCUAAGCAGGCUCUCCGUGGGACGCUUCUGCUGCUUUCCCCCCCUUUCCUUCAGGAUCUUCCACCCCCAGUUCGACAGCUCCUCUCUGAAGCAGGAUCCCCCCCCCCACCAGGCCUUCACCAUGCUGCAGCAGAUCUUGAAGGACAUGCACAUCGACCCGGACAUGCUGGAGGCCCUGAAUGAUGACCAGAAGAAGAUCCUCUUCUUCAAGAUGCGUGAAGAACAGGUGCGUCGUUGGAAGGAGAGGGAGGAGAACCUGGAGAGGGAAGCCAAGGUGGCCCUGAAGUCCAGGCCAAAGAAAGUCCACAGUAAGAGUGUAAGCUGGUUGCUCGGACGGGACGGAGACGUCCACGUUGUCGUUAUCGGAGAGAUGGAGGAGCUGAAGACCUCCAAGGUGAUCUACUCUGGUCUCGGCGAGCGGGAUCCAUCCAGUCUCCACGACAACGCACGGCCACCGGGAGCCCUGAAGAGCAGCCUGGUGAGAAGGACACCUUCAGAACCGGUCAGAACCGGGAGGGAGAACUUCCCCCCUAGAGAUCAAAGCGGAGUAGAGAUAAGCUUCAAGGAGAAGACGGGGGAUUCGAAGGCACGCCCACACGUGCCCUCCCAGCAGACGCAGGUCUUGGAGAAGAGUCAGCAGUCUUCCUCACCGCAGGAGACCGAGAAGGAGGCCGACUCGGGCAGUCCCGCGGACGGCUCUAAGGGAGCGGGGCCUUCCACUUGGGUGCACUUGAAGCUGCGAAGCCCUGCGUCUGUCCCAGGGAAACCCCGCGGCCCGGAUCCUCAGGAGAAACAUGUUUUUCCAUUUUGCGCCAAAGCCAGACUCUGCCCUCGGGAUUCUCUGGAUCAGCACCAUGUCAAAGGUAGAGAUUUCCGGCUGGUGGCCGCCGCCUCACGGGCGGGGGGCCACAGCGAGGGGGGGGGUGUGGCCCGGGGCCGGGUGGCACAGCUCAUGAAGAACUUCGGCGAGCCCUGCCCCCGCCAGGCCCCCCCCACCCCAAACCCCCCCACCUGCACCUGGCCUCCCCCUCGCUCAGGAGAACACGCUCAGGCGCUACGGCGCGGCGUCAGUCAUCCGGCGGGGCCGACCCGCCUGAACCCGCACGCUGGAGGAUCAAUGGCGUCACCGCGCUCUUUCCGCUGGAGCCGGCGUCGCCGCGGAGACUGA